AUGGCCUGUACGCACGUAAACGCACCCGAGCUUCACCCACCAGGGCCAACGCAGUCUGUAUACCGGGAGGACUGUACCCAGUGCUUUGACUCGAUCGACGAUCCCACCGGCCUCGACGUGUGCCUCUACUGCUUCAAUGGUGGAUGCACGAGCGAUCGCAAUCAUUCCCUCCUCCACGUGUCGUCCACGAACCACCCCCUCGUCCUCAAUAUCAAGCGCACGCGAAAGAGGGUCAAGCGCGAUGAGCCUCCUCAGAAGAUGACCAAGCUUGCCGUGGCAGCUGAGACCGAAGCAGACCGCUACGAUACUACGACACAAGUCAAGUGCUACGAGUGCGGGGUUGACGAUGUAGACAAGAGCUCGGGGAAGUUGCCCAACAUUGUGGACGCAGUUCUCAAGGCGAACACGUUCGCGAAGCAGCAGGAGGUCAAGGCGUGGGAACAGGAGCUGACUGCUUGCGAACAUACCCUUUGUCUGGAACAACAAGCGGCGCGACAGAUCGAGUCGCAGAACCUGGGACACUGCUCGGAGUGCGAGCUUAACGAAAACCUCUGGCUGUGCUUGACGUGCGGCAAUCUGGGUUGUGGUCGUCAGCAGUUCGGUGGCGUUGGUGGCAACUCACAUGGUGUGGGACAUACCAAGUCGACUGGUCAUCCUGUCGCAGUCAAGCUCGGGUCUCUCACCGCGGAUGGCACGGCUGAUAUCUACUGCUACGCCUGUGAUGAAGAGCGCAUCGAUCCAGAACUACCGGACCACCUAGCACACUGGGGCAUCAAUAUCAAGGACAGGGUGAAGACUGAGAAGAGUCUUACGGAGAUGCAGGUCGAGCAGAACUUGCGCUGGGACUUUGCUAUGGUGACCGAAGACGGCAAGGAAUUGCAGCCAUUGUUCGGACCAGACUUCACAGGAUUGAAGAACCUGGGCAACAGCUGCUAUCUGAACAGCACCCUGCAGGCCUUGUUCUCCAUUCCAGAGUUCAAAGAUCGUUACUACCUUCCCAACGAAGCUCCCCCGGAAACGCCACUCCCUGCCGAGGAUUUGGAAACUCAAAUGCGCAAAAUCGCGGACGGCAUGAUUUCAGGUCGAUACUCAAAGCCAGAUAGCGACGUCAUCACCAACGAGCACAACCCAGAGGUUCCACACCAGCGCGGCCUCGCGCCUGCCAUGCUCAAGCACCUGAUCGGACGAGGCCACGCCGAGUUCUCAACUAUGCGACAACAGGACGCGUUCGAACUGCUUCUACACGUACUCCAACUUGUUUCACGCAGCAAGCACGUUGAGCCCCAUAAGGAUCCGGUCGGUGCUUUCCGCUUUGCUAUGGAACAGCGGUUACAGUGUGUCAGUUGUAAGCGCGUUCGAUACAAGACAGACGAGCAGGAGAAUAUUUCCAUUCCGGUCCCCAUCCGACGGAUACCGAAAGACUCACAGAUGGACAUCACCAACAGCGACGGCAAGAAAGAAGAAAAGGAAGAGUUCGAGCCAGUCACGCUAAAGGAGUGUCUCGACAUCUUCACAGCCGAGGAGCUGGUUGAGCUUACUUGCGGUGCAUGUGGCAGCAAGGAUGGCUUCACGAAGAGGAGCAUGUUCAAGACCUUCCCUUCAGUGUUGGCCGUUAACGCUAGGCGCUUUGAACUGGUUAAUUGGGUGCCUACCAAGCAGGAUGUUCCUGUCAUUGUCAAUGAUGAACCUUUCUCCUUCGACGCCUACAAAUCAAAUGGUUUGGUAGAAGGUGAGGAGCUCCUCCCGGAGGAUGUAGACACAGGAGCGUCCGGUGGUUCGAAGUGGUCGCCUAACGAGGCGGCACUUUCAAUGCUUGAGGCUAUGGGAUUCCCUAGAGUUCGAUGUGAAAAGGCUCUACAUGCUACUGGUAACGAAGAUGCCGAAGCAGCGAUGAACUGGUUGAUUGGACAUAUGGAGGAUCCAGAUAUUGACGACCCAGUCGACUUCAACGCUGGUUCUGGUGGAGGCGCAGCCGCUGCAUCUGUUCUCGACCCUGAAAAAAUCGAGAACCUAGGAGCUAUGGGCUUCAACGCUCCACAGGCACGCCAGGCUCUGAAGGAGACGGGUGGUGACAUGGAGCGCGCUGUCGACUGGCUGUUCAGCCACCCCGAUGCACCGGGCGAUUUCGACGAAGGCGGUAGCUCCGAGGCACCUGCGGAGCCAACAGAGAAGAAGUUGGCUGGUAGUGAGACGCUGCCUGCAAACUUCCAGCUCCAGUCGAUAGUAUGCCACAAGGGUAGUUCGAUACACGCCGGACACUACGUUGCGUUUGUGCGCAAGCAGUUGCCAGGCGAGCAGGCUGCAUCAUGGGUUCUGUUCAAUGACGAGAAGGUAGCCAAGGCGGCCGACAUUGAAGAGAUGAAGAAGUUUGCCUACGUGUAUUUCUUCCGACGUUUGUAA